ACACGUCUGUGAUAACAACCGCAGUGCAAAUACAGGCCAAUUGAAUUAAUGUUUACACUGCUAAUUUAUGGCGAUAUAGUGGCGACAAACAGUCGGAUUAACGCAGUCAAAAGCCAGAUGUGGACACAAAUGUCUCGCUGGACGCCAUAUUCGAGAGAGAAGUAGGAGGAACAAGAGGAGGGGAAAAGUGCCGCUUCCGGUGCGGCAGCAUGAUAGCACUUGGACACGCACGCUGCCGAAGGACUUGGCGGUCGUGCUUCUGGACUAGGGAACAUUCUGAAUCUGCUUCAUUGACUGCUACUGUUGAUGAAAUGGAGUAAAAGUGUCAGGGAAACGUUUGCUGAGCUGUUCACGCGCUGACAAGCAAUGGAGGGCCAAGUGGAGGAGAAGAUGUGUGGGAAACUGAGGGCCGCCUGCGGUCUGUACAAUUACAAGCUGAGGGAUGUCUUCACUUGGCAUCUGCUGAAGACCCUGGUGAUGGGCCAGGUCUUGUCCCUGUUGAUCUGCGGCACAGCGGUGAGCUGUGAGUACCUGGCCAACGCCGGGGUGGAGACGCCUAUGUUGCAGAGCUUCCUCAACUAUGCCCUGCUGCUGCUCGUCUAUACCUCCAUCCUCAGCACCCACAAAGCAGAUCAUAACAUCCUUCAGGUUUUAAAAACCAAGUGGUGGAAGUACCUGCUGAUGGGUCUGGCGGAUGUAGAGGCGAACUACACGGUGGUUAAGGCCUACCGCUACACCACACUGACCAGCAUCCAGCUGCUGGACUGCUUCGUCAUCCCAGUGCUGAUGCUCAUGUCCUGGUACCUCCUGAAGACUCGCUACAAGCUGCUGCACUUUAUCGCCGUCGCCGUGUGCCUGCUGGGCGUGGGCGCCAUGGUCGGUGCCGACAUCCUGGCCGGCAGAGACCAAGGAUCCACCAGUGACGUGGUUCUGGGCGACAGCUUGGUCCUGAUCAGCGCCGUCCUCUACGCCGUGUCAAACAUGUGCCAGGAGUUCACAGUGAAGACCCUGAGCCGGGUCGAAUUCUUGGGCAUGAUGGGCUUGUUUGGGACGAUCAUCAGUGGAAUCCAGCUAGCUGCACUUGAAAUCAACGCUGUGCAGGAAAUAAAGUGGAGCUUUCACAUUGCCACGCUGUUUGCGGUGUACGUGCUGUGCAUGUUUGCGCUGUACAGCUUCAUGCCCGUGGUGGUGAAGAGGACGAGCGCCACUGCCGUCAACCUCUCGCUGCUCACCGCCGACCUCUUCAGCCUCUUCUGUGGCAUCUUCCUCUUCCACUACACGUUCUCAGCGCUGUACAUCAUGGCGUUCGUCCUCAUCAUGGUAGGUUUUGUCACGUUCAACGCCAUCCCCACGUGCACCGCUCAGCCUGAGCCCGACUCCAGGGACCCUUCUGACCAGGAGGCUCAGAGCGCCUCGGACCGUCUGCUGCCGGCCGACAGGGGCGGCGUCCAGAGAAACGGAGGCCUGAUGGCGGUGGCUGCACUAUGACCACAAAGGAAGUCUUUCUGUUAUAGGAAAGGCAGCGGGAGGUCACCAGAGUGAUUGUUCCACAGUAUCUUCCAUCAAGUGGACGAAAGUCACGGUGACAUUAUUGUUACAAAAACAUUGUCUUCUUAUCCACGGCAUAAAAAAAACUACUGAUUGAUUGUUCACAAACGUUACUGCACUACUAUGUGAUGCUAAUUUGUUACACUAAAGACACCUUUCAUUUUCGAUUGUUUUACCUUCUUUUAAUCUGUGUACUGCAAGGAUGUACAAAGUGUGGCACGUGGGCCAUAUGAGGGCCGUUGUGUUGUUUAUUCUGGCCCACUUAACAGUCCUAUUAUAUUUUACAUUUACAUUUAUUAUAUUCAUUAUUUUCCCUGCAAUUGUUUGCAUCCUCUUGGUAGGUUCAAAAACCAAGUGUUGCCUUUGAUCCCAAAAGCCCUGAGGACGGUUUUUACUGCUGUUAUUAGCCUCUUUGCAAACAAAUGUUGAGGAACUAAAAGAUCCUAGAGCUCAAAGAUAUUUCGGGGGACUUAAAAAAGACCCUACGGGAAGACAUGCAAACAAAAACAGCCCUGCAAAAUGUCCCAGAAUUCGAUUCCAGUCCUACUUCCUGGUAAUGUUUCUGUGAUGGAAAAUGGGCUAUUGUUUACUGCUUAUUAUUUGCUAAUAUGAUGUAGUUUUGCCAUGUCAUGUUAAUGUGCCAGCUUUUUGUAUUCAUCACCUUUUAUAAGAGAACAAUCCCAAGGCUGUCUUUUAAUGUUAUACUUGAAUAGUGGUACAUCCCCAACAAGUCGAUUGUUGACUUGUCCUCACAAUUGUAUUCAUUUUUUUUUUUUUUUUACAUAGAGGUUUAUAUUAUUCUUUGCAUUAUUUUAAUGUAAGGUUGGACCUUUUUUUUAAACCAUGAAUUAAGUCAAGUUGACUUUUUUCUUGGUGUACCACAAAAUCAAUAAAAACUGCCUUUUUUUUUUCA